AUGUCUUCUAACAUCAUGCUGUGAUGAAGGCUCAAAUUCCUGAAGGCAGUAAUUCCACAGGUGGCUGACGAUGUGAAUAUGGCUAUGCAAAGGGAUGAGAAGCUCAGCUGCAAAAACAAUGAGAGUUUUAUCAAAUUUAAGGCAUUUGCUCUUCAUACAGCUCUGUUUCUGGGUCAGCAUAGCAGUAUGUUUAUAAAAGAAUUUGCCCUUUCAAUCUUUGAAAAGAUGCAAGCACAGGAAAUCCUGAGGAGCCUGCGGCUGCCUGAGUUUGACAACUUCAGCCAGUUUUUCCACAGCUUGCCAGCUACCACCUUAGUUGGCAUUGGUGCCUUUGCAGCGGUGAUCGCAUACUGGUUUGCUAGCCGGCCAAAGGCUCUGAAGCCACCAUGUGACCUCUUGAUGCAGUCAGAAGAAGUUGAGGGCUGGGAAGGAGCUCGGCGGUCCGUGAUAGGUGACAGCACAGAAUUAUUAACUCACUACUAUGAUGAUGCAAGGACAAUGUAUGAAGUAUUUAGAAGGGGAUUCAACAUAUCUGAGAAUGGUCCCUGUCUAGGAUUCAGAAAGCCCAAGCAGCCUUACCAAUGGUUGUCGUAUAAAGAGGUCUCUGAAAGAGCAGAAGCUUUAGGAUCUGGGUUACUCCAACAGGGAUGUAAACCAUCAACAAGUCAAUUUAUUGGGGUCUUCGCACAAAACCGUCCAGAGUGGAUCAUUUCUGAGCUGGCUUGUUAUACCUAUUCUAUGGUGGUGGUCCCCCUGUAUGACACAUUAGGUCAUGGAGCCAUUCGUUACAUUAUCAACACAGCUGAUAUUUCCACAGUAAUCUGUGACAAACCAGAAAAAGCCAGAAUCCUCCUGGAUCAUGUGGAGAAAAGAGAGACGCCAGGCUUAAAGUCUGUUAUUCUGAUGGACCCUUUUGAGAAGGACCUACAGGAAAGAGGGAAAAGAUGUGGUGUUCACGUCCAGUCCAUGCAGGAAGUAGAGGCUUGUGGCCGUGAGAGUUGGCAUGUCCCUGUGCCUCCUCAACCAGAAGAUCUGUCGAUUGUCUGUUUUACUAGUGGCACUACAGGGAACCCCAAAGGUGCUAUGCUGACUCACAGGAACGUGGUUGCUGAUUUUUCGGGCUUUCUGAAGGUGACAGAGAAAGUGAUCUUUCCGAGACAGGACGAUGUGCUCAUCUCCUUCCUGCCUCUGGCUCACAUGUUUGAAAGAGUUAUACAGUCUGUCGUAUAUUGCCAUGGUGGGCGAAUUGGAUUCUUUCAAGGAGAUAUCCGUCUCUUAUCGGAUGAUAUGAAAGCACUGCGUCCAACCAUUUUCCCUGUUGUACCACGAUUAUUAAAUAGAAUGUAUGAUAAGAUCUUUAGCCAAGCAGAUACUCCAUUGAAACGUUGGCUUCUGGAAUUUGCUGCAAAGCGUAAAAAGGCUGAAGUUCAAAGUGGAAUCAUUAGAAAUGACAGUUUGUGGGAUAAAUUAUUUUUUAAUAAAAUCCAGGCAAGCCUUGGUGGGUGUGUUAGGAUGAUUGUAACGGGAGCUGCCCCCGCUUCUCCAACUGUUCUGGGGUUCCUUCGGGCAGCACUUGGAUGUCAGGUUUAUGAAGGUUACGGUCAAACAGAGUGCACAGCAGGAUGUACCUUUACCACUCCGGGUGACUGGACUUCAGGUCACGUAGGAGCCCCUCUGCCCUGCAAUUUAAUCAAACUGAUGGAUGUGGAAGAGAUGAAUUAUUUUGCUUCGAAAGGAGAAGGAGAGAUAUGUGUGAAAGGACCCAAUGUUUUUAAAGGUUAUCUAAAAGAUGGCGAGAAGACAGCUGAAGCUCUGGAUAAAGAAGGAUGGCUUCAUACUGGAGACAUUGGGAAAUGGUUACCUGCUGGGACACUUAAAAUUAUUGAUCGGAAAAAGCAUAUAUUUAAACUUGCUCAGGGAGAAUAUAUUGCGCCUGAAAAGAUUGAGAAUAUCUACAUCCGCAGUGAGCCUAUUGCCCAGAUAUAUGUGCAUGGAGACAGCUUACAGGCCUUCUUGGUGGGAAUUGUUGUACCUGAUUCUGAAGUCAUGCCAGGCUGGGCAAGAAAAAGAGGGUUUGAGGGAACAUAUGCAGAGCUCUGUAAAAAUACGGAACUGACACAAGCAAUAAUGGAAGAUAUGGUGCGGCUAGGGAAGGAAGGUGGACUUCAUUCUUUUGAGCAGGUCAAAGCCAUUUACAUCCACUCUGAUAUGUUCUCAAUACAAAAUGGUUUGCUGACACCAACACUAAAGGCUAGGAGACGAGAGCUAAGAGAUUACUUCAAAAAACAAAUAGAAGAGCUUUAUUCAAGUGUCUCCGUAUGAAGCGGCAGGAAAUUCUUCCGAAUAAUGGACUUUGUAGCAAUAUUAAAGUACAUACUCAAAAGUA